AACACAAAUAAUUUCCCGCGGUAGCUUGCAAUGUUGUCCUCAUUUCUUGUUUCGUCACUUGAGAGAUUUGAAUUUCAACUUCUUUGGCAUCAAUGCUUAUUCCCCUCAACAAAAUUACACCUUUCAAUCUCAAACUAUUGUCAUCUCAUUUCAAACUCUUCCAUUCAACAACACUACCCUCCUUAAACCCUAACCCCUCCGUAAACCCCUUCACCAAACAACAACUCAAAUCCAUAGUGCUUUCCCAAUACACUCACGGUAGGUUCACUGACCUAAUCCAAAACGUCGUCGCUUUGCCUUCUGUUCUCCUCUCCGCCGCCGGAAAUCUCAUCUCCGGCCAUAAUGCGGCCAAUCAGUCUCUUUACAGCUCAGUCUCAAACCAUUUCUCGAUUGAAGAAAUGGGUACUGAGAUUUUCGAGAAAAGAUUGGAAAUUGAGUCUAAUUGUGUUAAAUUCGAGAGUAAAGGUGAGUUCUUGAUUAUGCCCAAUUUGAAAUUGAAAGUUUUUAUUGAAGCUAUUAGGGCGGUUUUGGAAAUUGUGUAUGAUGACCGUUUUGUUACUUUUUGUUAUGGUGGUCGUGUCGACAUGGGGCGGCAUACUGCUAUUAGGUACUUGAAGAAUUCCGUGGAGAAUCCGAGUUGGUGGUUUAGUGUUUGUUUUAAACGUAUUGAGUUUGACAGUAGGAAUGUAGAUAAGUUGUGUUUGUUUAUGGGAGAGAAAAUUAAUGAUAAGCUGUUGAUUGAUGUGAUAAAGAGGUUAUUUGAAUGUGGUGUGUUGAAGAUCGAAUUAGGCGGGUCUUAUUUAGGGAAGGGACUUCCUCAAGAAUGCGGGUUGUCUGCGAUUUUGAUUAAUAUUUAUUUUAAUGGGUUUGAUAAAGAAAUUCAAGAAUUGCGUUUAAGGAUUAGUGAAAAGAAUCCGAAGUUUGAAGGAAAUGAGAUAAGAGAGAAUUCUAAUUCCUUUUUUAAGAUGGAGAAGGUAUAUGCUGUUAGAUACUUGGAUGAGAUAUUGGUCGCUACGUCAGGUUCCAAGGUGCUGGUUAUGGAUUUGAAGAGUAAGGUUUUGAAGUUUUUGGAAGAGAAGUUGGAAUUGAAGGUGGAUACAAUUGAGACAGCAAUCCAUAGUGCAACUUCCGAGAAGAUUGAUUUUUUAGGGAUGGAAUUACAGGCUGUUCCACCUUCUGUGUUGCAUCCGCCUAUGUCUGAAAAAGCUAUCAGAGCAAGGAAGAAAUAUAUUAGACAGAAGGAAGUAAAGUCCUUGGAAUUGAGAAAUGCUCGGGAGAGGAAUCGGAAGAGACUGGGUUCAAAGAUAUUGAGUCAUAUAUUUAAGAAGUUGAAGAAGAGUAAUGGGUUCAAAUCUGAAUUCCAAAUUGAGAAUGAAGUGCGUGAAAUUUUUGCAACUUGGUCAGAUGAAGUGGUUCAAGAGUUUUUGGGGUCCUUAGAUGAGCGUUGGCAGUGGCAUCGAAUGCUUACUGCCGGUGAUUUCCUUACUCUGAGGCAUAUAAGAGAUCAAUUGCCGGAAGACCUUGUUGAUGCUUAUGAUAAGUUCCAGGAGCAGGUGAACAAGCAUUUGUCGCCAGUGAAGGUUAAAAAGGAAUUGGAGGAAGAAGAAAUGAGAAUUAGAAAAGAGGAGGAAAGAAAGUACGCUAAGAGAACGGUGGAGGAUCUAACAAAGCUGUGCAUGAAAGUCUCUGCACCGGUGGAACUUUUAAAGAAGGCUGUUAAAAUGGCUGAGUUUACAAACCAUAUGGGGCGACCUAGACCAAUUAGCUUUCUUACCAAACUAGAAGAUGCUGAUAUUAUUAAGUGGUAUGGAGGGGUUGGAAGAAGAUGGCUUGAUUUCUUUUGCUGCACCCACAAUUUGAAAACGGUCAAAACUAUUGUAAGUUAUCACCUGAGAUUUUCUUGUAUUUUGACAUUAGCAGAAAAGCAUGAAGCAACAAAACGUGAGGUUAUUAAGCACUAUACUAAAGAUUUGAAAGUCACGGAUAUGGAUGGAAAUAAAGAAACUUACUUUCCCACAGAAAAGGAGGUAAAAAUGAUGGGAGAUAAGAAUCUUUCAGAUCCAAAACCCGUCGACGGGGCUCUAUCUUUAGCAUUGAUAAGAUUGGCUAUUGAUGAGCCAUCACAUUCCUGUGUUGCUCACUUCUGUGACAGACGAGAUGCACUCCUAUAUCGAGUAAGGUUAGUAAAAUAUCUUUUGAAUGCAAACCCAACAAAUGGAGAGAAUUGGAUUCCAGGGAUGGCUGAAGUUCAUGAGUGCAUAGACAGGAUAUGCCUCCCAUUAUGUUGCGAUCACAUAAGUGAUGUAUAUACUGGGAAAAUAACUCUUCAGGACAUUGACUGCACUUCAUUUGUACAUGUGGAUUGAAUAUCGCUCGUCAGUCACAGAUGUGGUAGGCGUUGCUAGAUUUUACCCUGAUGAUCAAAAACAGCGACCGGCUGAUUGCUUUUCAUGCAGAACAGUCAGUUGCAAUCGGACUGGCCUACAAGGUAAAGAAUUGAUAAUGGCAUGGAAAAAGGUAUUGUUUUCCUCCAUUAGAAAUCUGCAUUAAGCAUUAUUUAUAUAAACAUCAAAGCAGCUAAUGUUCUACUUGAAAAGCAUCUGAACCCCUUUCAUUUGGCCAAGCUUGAUGAAGAGGAGAAAGAACAUUCACAUCAGCACCAGAACGGCUGGGAACAUGUCAGUUAAGUUUUCUCUUUGAACUUUGUUGUUUUAUAUGUUUAAAAUUUAUUUAUCUGUUUUGCAUCUUCUAUGCUCUGCAAUACAUCCUUUGUUCCUUCUUUAAUUCUUUUUAGUUAGUAUCUAAUGGCUGAUUUUUUUCUAAUGAUCAAAAGAGAAUACCUUAAUUAUUGGAUCUAAUUGAUUAUGACCUGAUCACAGUAUGAUUGAUUAUCCUAGGUGUUGAGAAGUUUUUUUUGGCUAUGCGAUGAAUGAUUGUGCAAGUCAAGAUAAACAAAAUUAUCAAAUCAAAUAUUAUAAGGCUUGGUUUACCUUUUGUUUGAUUAUUCAAGGUUGCUUAGAAUAGUUAUAAUUAUAUUUUUAUUUUUUAAUAUAUAUCAAAAGAAUUUAUCAUACAAUUAUGAAAUUAAUAGAAGGAUGAAAUAUAAGGCGUUGAUCAGCGACUACUUAUGAUAAAAUCAACUAUUAUAUGUUUUUUAAAAUAAGAUGAACAAUAAAUAACCAUACAUAUUCAAAGAGACAACUAAAAUUUAGCCUAAUCAUCCAAAAAUACCCUGCAUUUUCAACUUUUUUCAUUUAUAUCCAAACAUUUAUAAUCGUCGUUUUUAGUUUCAAUGUUACUUACUUUUUUGAAUUACAAAUAUCUCACUCUGAAAAAGGUUAAAUAUGUCCAUGUUUAGCACGUAGUCUAAAUAAGCCUUUAAUAUUUAAAAAAAAAUACUAAAAUUUAAGACCAUGUGUCAAAUAUGAAGGAGAUAUUUGAUACUUUUCCAAGUGGAAAAUCUCCAAUUUGAAAAAAAUGAGUACAAUUGAAACUAAAAAUUGGAAAAUGUAUAGUAAAAUUGAUGAUUUUGAAAGUAUUGGAUGUAUACGAAAAAAGUCAAAAAAGUGAGGUAUUUUUGGAUGAUUAAGUCUAAAAUUUACACAAAGUUUACAACUUACAGUACCGUCUUCUUUUUUAGAAGUACAUUGUUUUAAAACAUUAUUUUAAGCUUCCAAGUUUUGUUUUCCAGAAGAAAACUUUGUUUAUACAUCAAAUACUAGAUAUGCAGAGUCUUCAAGCACAAGUCUUACUUAUGAUUUUGGCUCACUGAAAUUUCUUCAUGGUCCACUAUCAUAUUGCAUGCUUUUGUUACUAGUGGUAAUAUGUAACUUGUACAAGCUCAUAAAUUUUGCUAUGAACUCUGCCGAAGGUAAAAAAUGUAAAAUUAGUUUGACGAAAAUGACCCAGAAAAAGAAAAUUUGUUAAAUAAUUAAUGUUUGGAAGUUUACCUUCAAUUUUCAUGAAUUUUUGAAAUUUCUUUUUCGAGGGAUCAUGAAACCUUUUACCAGCUUCCUCAUAUCGAUUGUGUGCUAAUAGAAUUUGAUUUUCGCCCUCUAGCAUGUUCCCAUCUUUUCUCUAGAUAUGCAGGAAAAACAUACAAGCAAGAACAUUAGCUUCUGAUUCGAACCAGAAUAAAGAAAACAAGUUGAACUAGAAACAAAAUACAUCCUUACAUUGUAAUCCUUGUAUAAAUUGUCAAGCUGGCAUUGGCAGAACUCAUCCAGAUGCUUUUUCAGCUCAACGAGAAGGGCCUGUAUCAAGAUGAUGAAAUGAUUAUUCGGAAGUCAGUACUUUCUGAAUCUAUCAGAAAAACUUAUAGAAAGGAAAUAGGCAAGGUCAUACAUUGAAGAUAAACUUAGGGGAGACAUCAUGCUCGAUUAGACUCUGAAGCUUCCCGCGAAUGACAUAUAACCUGCAAAAGGAAAAGCUGAACAAAGGUGCAGAGUUCCUUAAGUGGCUGAAGCUUGGAAUCAUCAGAGCAGCAGAAAAAGAACUUACUGGAACCCUUAUACCUUUCUAGCAGCCACUUUAUGUACAUGACAGCAUCUGCAGAUAGCUUGUCUGCAUUGUACAACACGACCGCUGCACGGAAUAAUUGGUCAUCAGUUCUUACUACAGAUUGCGCGGAUGUUGCUGUUGCAAAUGGUGAUUUAGAUUCUGCAAUUGAUACUCUCUCCCUCAAUGGCUUCUCCUCUUCGAUGAUAACGGAUGAAACAUCCUUAUCGGUCUCUUUCCUCUUCAUGGGCAUCCUCCCUGUCGAAGAUUCAACAGGCAGAGAAGAGUAUUGAGGAUUUCCUUGUUCGGUUGUAAUGGUAUUGACACCAGCAGGGCCCGGAGGAGCGAAACAAGGGACAAGAACUGGAGGAGCAGAAACUGGAGAUGUAACCUGAACCUGAACCGGAGCCGGGGCUAGAGCAAUAAGCAGAGCUUGAUUUUGUUUGUCUUUACUAGAAGAUUUAAAAGAAGAAAAGCAAGCACUCCAUUCUUGAAUCUUAAUAAACAUGAAAGAAGAAAUAGACGACGAAGAACUAGCAAUAGUAGUAGCAUGACUUUCACGUCCAGGACUCGGAGGCAAAUACUGAUGCUUUUCACGGCUGAUGAUAAGCGAGUAAUCAGUAAGUCCUUUAUAAUAUGGGCUACACUUAGCAUUCUUAUCAUCAACAUUACUAUUAUCAAAAACCGCAGCUUCCUGCAACUGUCUUCUGUUAUGAGCUUCAAGACUCUCCUCGGUUAAAUCAGAAUGCUUAGAGGAUGACGAGUCGAAACUGUUUCUUCCAAUACUAAUAAGGUGACCAAGCUUGGCAUUACUCCAAUUAAACCAGUAAACCGACUUCUUAGAUCGAGAAGUGGAGCAAGUAGAGCGAUUUGAAGGAGGAACACGAGUCUUCAAAGCAGAGGAAAGAUAUGGAUCAGAAGUGGAGCGAGGGAUUGCUGGACUCGGCAUUGUAGUUGCAUUUGCAGAGAUGAGAUUAUGAUUUCUAGGAAAUUAGGCAGGAGAUACUAACUAAGGUGGUUAGAGCAUAGUGCAAUGAAAACGAGAGUUUUAUCGAUCUUUUCUAUGUCAACAAAAUAUGUAAAAUAAUAGUUGUGUGUUAAUCACGUUAUAAACUAUGCAUUUUCUUGUUCA